UGUUCGUUGCUUCCGUGCGAGGGUAAGGCAAAGAGCCUCAGAUUGCGUUGAUAUACUUGCUGAAGCAAUUCUUUCUUCGAUGGCCAACGUGAACUGGUCAUGAAUACCGAAAGGCGUAGCAUCAAUGGCGGAGAAGGAAGAAUGCAAGGUCCUCAUUGAGCAAGCUAGCAAGGACACUGCUGAUCCACCACGCGAGGACGAGGACGACGAUGACGAGGACGACAACUCGAGCUUCAUCGUGCUCCUCAACCUCGUCCUCGGCGGCACGGCGCGCCUCAACGUCCUCCUCCCGACCGCCACCAUCCUCGCCUUCGCCAUCUUCGCCCCGCUCCUCACCGACGACGGCAAGUGCACCCGGCCGAACCGCAUCCUGACCGGGGCCUUCGUAGUCCUCUGCGCCGCCUCCUGCGUCUUCUUCACGCUCACCGACAGCUUCCGGUCGCCCUCGGGCCGCCUCCGGUACGGCGUCGCCACGCCCUCGGGCAUCCGCACGUUCUGCGGCGGCGGCGGCCACCGGAGGAAAGGGCCGAGGGAGCCGGCGCGGUACAGGCUGCGGUGGUCGGACCUGUUCCACACGUCGCUGGCGCUGGUCGCGUUCGUGACGUUCGCCGCCUCGCACCACGACAUCGUCCAGUGCUACUACCCCGGCGCGCCCCGGAAGGUCGUCAACACCGUGCCGCUCGUGAUCGGCUUCGCGGUGAGCCUCCUCUUCGUGCUGUUCCCGUCCAGGAGGAGGGGCAUCGGGUACCCGUUCCUGCUCCGCACCGACCUCGUGUACCUGCGCCGCUGAAAAGCCUCGAAAUUUGA